UCUGUAAUGAAGUGGAUUUGUAAGCAGAGUUACAGUAAAGAAUUUGCAGUUAAUCUGAAAUAAUAAUUAAAAUCACAUUUAUGGGCUUUCACUUUGAAACAUUGACUUUCGUUUUUAUUUGCUGAGCGUAGUUACGCUUGUAUUCUGCUGCUGACAUGUCUAACAGUAACAGAUAUGUUGUGUUUUGUCUUUUACUGGCUGGAGUUUGCUUCAUUUCAUGGAAACGAUCGUUAAUAGGUGUUAAAGAUGCUGUGAUGCUGACUGGACGUGGGCUCAUACUGUUGGCCGUCUGCACAUUGAUGAUCUACAUGAUCCAGAGACUGAAGUCUUUCUUCUCUCCAGUGUGUCAAGAACCUUCAGCCAGUCCAUUACAUGAAUCUAGCCGACUGAAACAAGAACAAGCUAGAGUAAAUCAACAAAAUAAACACAAUGAAAAGACAUCUGAUUACGUGGAGGCCGUGAUAAAGCCGAGGCAGAAUUUAUUUCUUCAGCAGAAAAUGGAGCGUUACCAUCGCAUGACGGGAGAGACGUGGAAACUCGGUCAGGGUUUUACUGUCGGGGAGGAUGAGAGUGAAACGCAUGAUGAUGUCGAUGUAAAUGAGACCCCUUAUCAGAGAGCCAAAAGGAGGCGGAGAUUGCAGACCGCUGCUCAAGUCCCUGUUCAAAAGGACGUCCCUAAAGAGAAGACGGUGAUUGUUUUACCUGAUGAGCCACAGCCGGACGCUGAGGGGGUUGUCAAAAUAGCCGUCAGAUGUCCAAGCGGAAGAACCAUCCACAGGAGAUUCCUCAAAACCUGGAGCUCUUUGCUUCUUCUUGACUGGAUAAAGAAGUCUGGAUAUCCUCCUGCACUCUACACGCUGUGUACAUCAUACCCCAGAACACCUCUUCUGACGGCUGCUGAUGUGAGUCUGGAGGAUGCUGGUAUCCUCAUGCACACUGUACUGAAUGUUGAAGAGAAAGAUCCAUCCACGACAUAGACACAUACAUUUCUGAUAGACUUCUGUUAGACAGAAUGCAGCUAGUUGUGCUUUGUUAUUUUUCAAAUAUUUUAUAUUUAUGUUGUUUUUCUGUACUUAAUAUAUCAUGCAGAUAGACUCAUUUUCCAACAAAUACUUGGAUUAGGAUGCGUUGUCUCAUUUCAGUACAAAACUCUUCCGUAGUUACGGUUUCAUUUAAUAUGGAUGCAUUCCAAUUGUAAUUUGGAAAAGAUCCUGUAUACUUAGUGAACAACUUUAAAUUUGUAUAAAUAAAUAUUUUAUGGUUAAAAUACAGUAACUUGAAUGGAAAGCAAUGUUACAUAAUAUAUACAUAGUUUAAAUUAAAUUAUAAAGUAUAUAUUGUAUUAUGGCUAAUAUACUGUAGUUGUAAGGUAAUAAAGACUCCAUAUAAAGCCC